UCACGUAAAUAAGUGAAACUUUUGUAGCCACAAGUAAUCGACGAUGGUAGAUGAUAGCACAAGAAAAACAUUAAGCAGCAUACCCCUGCUGCAGACCCGGGCCGGCCCUCGCGACAAAGAUAUUUGGGUGCAGAGGCUGAAGGAGGAAUAUCAGGCUCUAAUUAAGUAUGUGGAAAAUAACAAACAAUCUGGCAGCGACUGGUUCCGCUUGGAGUCGAACAAAGAAGGCACCAAGUGGUUCGGCAAGUGCUGGUACAUGCACAAUCUGUUGAAAUAUGAGUUCGAGGUGGAAUUCGACAUUCCUGUAACCUAUCCAGCAACGGCGCCGGAACUGGCGCUGCCCGAGCUGGAUGGCAAAACAGCCAAGAUGUAUCGCGGUGGCAAGAUCUGCCUGACCGACCAUUUCAAGCCAUUGUGGGCUCGUAAUGUGCCAAAAUUUGGAAUAGCACAUGCCAUGGCGUUGGGCCUGGCACCCUGGCUGGCGGUUGAGAUUCCUGAUCUAAUCGAGAAAGGAAUCAUUACGUAUAAGGAGAAAUGAACAAUAUUUGGCAUUUAUGACUACUGAUUAGAUGAAAAAGUAAUGUUAAACAAUGGAUCAAAUGCAGUCUGGAUGCAAUACAAGUCA